AUGAAGAUAACUCCUUGGCAUAAUCCCUUAGCCUGCAUCCAGAUCAGUUCAACUAUCCUACUUUUCCUCGCUUUUCCAGAUUACGAAGCUGAGGCCCACCAUCUACAGCUGCUCAGCUUUGACGAUCCUGAAAAUUGUCUGCAAGAGUUUAGGGUUUUUCAUCUCCGCAAAACGAUGAAGUUUGCCAUUUUUUAUGCCACCCAGCGGACUGAUGAGGAAGUGACCGAGAAUGACGUCCAAAUGUUCGUCCACGCCGUCGAAGGCUGCAGUCUGCGAGAAGACGUACGUAAUCAGGCUCUCAUGAAGGCUCUAAUUGAGGCUGAAAAUCUUGCCCUACUCCCAUACAGUUUCACCGUACUCAUCGGACCAGCACUGCCUGCAGAUUGCAACUUUGUUUCCGACUGGAUCAGACAGGGCGAUGUUGCAGACCUCAUUGGUCUCUACCAAAUUCAAUAUAACUGUCGUAUGAAUAGGUUGGUUCAACCCUCCGUGCAAGUAAACAUUUCGAAUCCGGAGGAAAAAUCGGCAAGAGACAUGGUGGCCCUCUCGAUGACUAUCCAGAUUUCCACAUUGGUAUCAUCCUUAAAUGUGCUUCUGCGACACUACGGUUGGCAGAGAAUUGCAAUCUUCUAUGAAAUAAGUCUGGAAAUCCUGCAGAAUAUACCACUGGCGGAACGUUUUCGGGGCUUAUUUUCCUACUUGUCAGCGGCUACGGAAACCCUGAACAUUGUGGCCUUUCGAAGCCUUCGUUGGGGUUCGCAGCCAAGUUGGUAUCUGCAAAAUUCCACCAAACCCGUUGAUGGUGAGUAAAGUUUGGUUCCCUAAAUUAACAAAAGGUCAUCGUGACAACACCGCCUGAAGUUUACCGCAAUUCCCGUCAAGUAUUCUAGCAGAAUUAGGUUUUCUUUACUAAUCUUGUCCCUAAUUAGAAUGCAUAUAUGUGACUAAACGUUUACAUCAAACCAGGCAACAGUCACAUUUUAUUUAACAUGUGGGAAUUAACUACAAGACAUAAUUUUUUCAAAAAAUUGAAAAGGAAUCUUUUUACGGAGAGGCUGAUCGUCUGUUGAGCCCUUGUUGUAGAAUCUUCUCUUACGUGUGAUACAGUUAUCUGUGUGUUAGGGUUAUCUGUUAGUUUGUGGGCAAACGCCUUCUGACCAUAAAGCUUUUAACUUGAAUCGAUCGUCCGCAGGUCAACAGAGCUCAGUUCUGAUGCCACUGAAAAAGCUCCAGGCUGUACAAGAGAAAGUUAUUGGCGAAAUGUUUUAAAAAUUAGACUUCAAGAAGAUUCCUCAAAUCACGGCUGAUUUGGUGAACUUUAAUUACUUUCGCCGGUCGAACAUGCACUCAUGAUUACGGAAUUUCUUAGUUGCCCGGAGGACAUAAUAAAAUCUGGGAAUUGCCGUCAUGCGUAGCUCCUGGACGUGUCUGUUUUCCACUACGAUUAAAUAGAAAGACGAUCUAAUAAAAUACGAGUUACUGAAAGACACCUGUGUACAUUUCCCAGUGAUACAAGGAGGAUACGCAAAAAGGAGGAAUGGAAAAAAGCAUGUAGGUACUGACGCAACAGUGCUCGGAGAUUUGCUUGUUUUGUUUAGAAGAAAACAGUGUGCUCCACGAAGUACGCUGUUGAAUAACUGAUCGUCAGCUCUAACCUUAACGUUGUGCAUUUUGGAAGGUCUUGAAGCCUAUCACGGUGUCCGGUAAGAUGUGGUUAUGUAGCCCCACCUGAUGGACAUAAUGCUGUUGAGGUUAUGGCUAGGGAUUAGGGUUAGGUUUGGGGAUUAGAGUUAGGGGUUAGGACCACUAUCUCUAAACCACUCAAAGUACAACCGCGCAUUACCAUGGGGCUCCGUGACGAGUCGUCAAAACGCAAGUGUACACAGUAAAUGAAUGAGAUUUAAGCGCAAGAUUGUUGUCAGACUAAAAAAUCACAAAAUCUGCUGACGAAUUUUCAAAUUCGGACGAAUAUGCGGUAGUGACUGUAAUAUUAAAAGGAGAAAACUAUCAGAUCUAGACGGGAAAUAUUAGAUUGAGCCAUGAUAUUGCGGCACACAUGCAUCAACUUGCAAGCAAUUAAAAACUUACCUUCAUAACCGAACAAAGAUAAGAUGAAUCGCCAUUGUCACUAACUAACUAGUUAAUUCAUCCCUAGUAAAUGCAUGUGCUAACAAAACCCUUAUCCCAGAACAUAAUCUACUCUGUUUUUUCUGGAUCUGCCGAUGUUGAUGAUACUGGGUGUCGACGGAGUAGGGAGGCUGUUAGCCAGAAUUCCAUCGCCGGGUUCAGCAGAUUUUGACUAUUUGUAGGUUGUGAACCGGCGUAACCAGUUGGUCGGUUGUCCCAGUUUUCAUCUAUGGAGUUCUUUAAAUUCCACCUUUUGAGGUCAGGCCAAGUUAACUUACUCAGUAGGCAAUAACGUUGUACAAUCAAAUGGUCGUAAUAACUGGGGCAACUUAUAGAACUACGAUUGUUUACAAAGGCCUAUCGUUUGCAUGUGAGCAAUACACUUGAAGUGACUUUGAAUGGACAAGGCUUUCGAAUCAAAACGUCCCAAGCGAUUUUCAGUCUUCUGGUUCUUCAUGGGUACAGUCCGUCCUUACAUCACACCCGUGAGGCCAAUUUUCGUCCGCGGUCUCUAAUGCGCUAUGCUUUUGCACAAUUCAAACGCUAAAGUUCGAAUGCUGCUCAAAACAUGUAUUUUUGCUACACAAUAAAGAUGUGGGCAGGCGUUUCUUUGGGUUACAUACUACUCUGUGUGAACGCAGACUCAGUUGGGAUCAAGAUGUCUGAGAAGGAUACGUUCUUCGAGCCGCCAUUGCAUCUCCAUUUUGAGUGAAAGCGACCUAGAGCUUACGUGCUCUUUUGUAGUUAUCUGAGAAUUAGAUCGAAUUUCAGGGUCAAUGUCAUAGAUCGCUCCGAUCAAAUGAGCUAAAUAAUUGUUUGCAGUGAAGCCAUGCUUAUCUGUGUGCGAACUGUCGUAAGGAAUCGUCAGACCAAACUCUAAAGCCCCGACGGCCGGAUGGUAGUUGGUAGCCCUGCCCACUGAUUCUACAAUUGUACCUACUGGCUCGAUUUCGGUAUCUGUGAUAACGUUCUCAUUAUGUCUGGGGGGUGCACGCACAGAGGCCCUGUCAGGAUGACUUUCUUCUUCACUUUAACCGCCCCGAGAACGAGGCGCUGCAAGACUGUCUAUAUAGACUCAUUGUAUUGCACCGCCACACGGAAAUCUUUAGUAAAAGGCGAAAGAUUUAUCCUAAACGGAUUAUGAUUCAUCAUGCUUCCAUUAUGCUUCUAGUUGCAUGUGCGCAUAGUAUUACCUGCAUCAGAUUAAUUGCAUAGGCACUAUCCUAGGCGGAUUGGCGCGGGUCUCCGUUUCGUCGGUUUGCCUGCAUCCUUGGGUCUUUUUACUACAGACCUCCAGUAGAGUCCGGUGCGAUCGUGUACGAAAGGACAACCGACGCUCAGUUAGGGUGUCUACCGAUACUCUAUCCACUGCAUCAGUCGUAUUGACAGAGUGUUGCCCUCCACCCCACGCCUUUACGAACAGCCCGGGUGUAUUUGGUCGCAGGAGUUUGGCUGAAAAUUGUGACGCCUUGUAAACACCGCCAUGGCCAGUUAGCGAUCUUUUCCUGCACUUCCAGUUUAAGGCACUACGGCACUCCCCCCCGGGCGCUUCGACAUUGCUGGGUUUGAACUAGGCGCACUUCACCCAACACAUCGCGCACAUACUACCUCUUGGGUUCAGACUACAACAGCAAGGCGUCUCAUAUGUCAGUCAGACCCGAAGUGUUCACCUUCCUCGCAUUUUUCACCUUAUUUAAAUUAGGUUUUACACUUUAUCAGGACCGCCAAUUCCAGGCAUUCCCUACAAGCGCCAUUUACGCCUCCACUCAUUUGCCCCACCCGUAUAGCCCCUAUUACCACCGGUCCCGUAAGUCAGGUAGCUGGGAAUUUUCGGUACCGGGAGGGCUACCAACUACCAUCUAACCGCCCCGACUCACAAAACUGUAUCCUCAAUGGGUAGUAGAGAAAUUUCACAGGACAUUCUCGACUGUGUUUGUAAAUAGAGAUUUCCCUGGUGCACGCUCGAUUUAGUAGCUCUUAACUCACAACUGAGGCAAAAGUUUAAAUUAAAACCACUACUUAAAUAACAUAAAGAGAUUACUUUUCCUAGUCAUAAAAUAUACGCAACAUUUUGUAAAAUACGGAGCAGGGAAGGGGGUUUUAUUUUCAAAACGCUCUCCAGAUACUAAGUGCCUUUUAGUGCAUAGUUUUUAUUUGAUGAUUUCAUUUCAACCACAAUUUAAUGCUUUAUGUUAGGGCGUCAGCCACUUUCGAAAUCGGCAAAUUUAAGGCAAUUUGCUCACGCCCUUCCCAAGCUUUUCCUCCUGGUUUUUAUGGACAACGUGAACACAGUGGAAGGCUUUAAAAUGUGCAUUAAAAUUUAGUCUUCCAUUAAAAUAGCUUACUUGAGCGCCUGGUAUUCAGGUUAGAGUAGUUGAAACAACGUAGGCGUGAUGGAGGGCGUUUGUAAAUCUGGAGUACUUGAUGGGACGCUAUAGUUACUAACACCUUCCAUCCAGUCACAAAAUCCGUACACUGUGACUAUCGCUGACUCCGAAGCAGUAUCGAAGUAAAUAAAAUAAUGGCGCAAACAGAUCUGUCAUGUGUUUGCUGCCGAAAAGUCUAAGCCGCAAAUUCCCCGGCCAAAAGAUACCGCUUGCCACUUCUCCGUUAAUGACAACCCAGUGACUUUAACAUGAAGAAACACUACUCCACCUUUUGGACACGUGUUAUAGCUACUUUCGGCAAAAACCACUGAUUGUCCACUUCAGGGAAGUAAAAUAUUUAAAUGUAAACGCAUCAACUACAGUUGUAUUUGGGAGAGAGUUAUUGGAACGAGGGCAUACUUAAGGUUUAUUUGAUGCAUUUUAAUGCACGAAAAACAUGAUUUCCUCAUCUUUCCCUUUUAUAGCCAUUUUACUGAUAGCCAGGCCACCUAUGGCCGCUUUCUUCCUCUCUGCUGUCUCAAAUAUGGCACCAAUUCUAGAGGGUCGCAUCGCUAUCAUUCAACUCGACCCCUCCAGUGCUAUAACCUACGAUGUCCUACGCUUUUGGAGAUUGGUGCUCUCAAAUUCGUCUGUCCUCGGAGCUGCCUGUCAGAGUCUUAUCAUUAUGAGUGCCCUACCCGCCGGCGCUGGGUACGAUGUCUCGUCAGGCAUUUUAGAUUCUGUAAGUGCCAGUGCAAAUCGAGUGAGACAAGUUGACGGCUGCUUCAUACGUUAG